UAAGAGUGAGAGAGGAAACGGCUGAGAAUCCGGGAAGUACAUAACGAAACAAAGAGAGAGAUAAACAUAAGCGCAUUAGAUACGCAACGGUCCACAUAAGACCCGUACUCCACUUUGAUUCUCUUAAUCUCUCUUCGCUCUGCCUUCAUUUUCUUUUAUUAUUAAUUUCUUCUGUGAACUUAGAUCAAUCUCAUUGAUCUAAGAAAAAUGAAGCUUGAGUAUUUGGAUUACAUAUUGGUGCCACUAGGGAUGGGUUUGAUGGUUUUCUAUCAUCUCUGGCUUCUCCACCGCAUCAUUCACCGUCCAUCUUCCACCGUCGUUGGCCUCAACGCCUUUAACCGCCGCCUCUGGGUCCAAGCCAUGAUGGAGGAUUCAUCAAAGAACGGCGUUCUAGCGGUUCAAACGCUAAGAAACAACAUAAUGGCGUCAACUCUAUUGGCAUCAACCGCGAUAAUGUUAUGUUCACUAAUCGCUGUCCUAAUGACUAGCGGUACAGGAGAACGGUCGGUCUGGUUUGUGUUUGGAGACAAAAGCGACCGAGCCUUCUCGAUCAAGUUUUUCUCAAUCCUCGUUUGCUUCUUAGUGGCGUUUCUUCUCAACGUCCAAUCAAUCCGCUACUACAGCCAUGCAAGCAUUCUCAUCAAUGUCCCUUUCAAAAAGCUCAUGGCUGUUUCUGCGGGUGGUCAUGGUCGCGGUAGUCUUAUGAUAAACCAAGACUAUGUGGCUGCAACUGUUAACCGUGGCAGCUACUUCUGGUCGUUAGGACUAAGAGCGUUCUACUUCUCAUCGCCUUUGUUUUUAUGGAUCUUUGGUCCCAUCCCAAUGCUCAUAACUUGCUGCGUUCUUGUUUCUUUGUUGUACUUUCUUGAUUUAACAUUCGACUCGAUGGAUUGUAGCGUUGGGGUCGCGGACGCGGAGGAGACUGAGAUUAGAAGCUUAGCUGACAAUGUGUAGUAAUUAGUUGAGAUAUCUUUCUUAACAUAUUGGUUUCAUAAGUUGUAUCGAUUCAGGUUCAAUGGUUGUUGAACCAUGUCAGCGAGUUAUUCUGUUGUUUAGUGAAUAAAACGUUAUUAUCUCCAA